ACAUUUUAAGGUACUGUAUAGAAAUUUGUGGUCCGUGAUAGUACGCGGCUUACUUCGUGAACAGACUUAACCAUGGUUUAGGCUCAUAGCGUUAACAACAAAUGUUUGUUCGUGAUCACUGUUUACAACAAACGGACCGUCUGAAAUUCUCCGAAAAAUCGAUUUUUUCUCACGGUGUGCCGUGUUAACAAAUGAUACCACCGGACACCAAAUAGGAUUUUAUUUCAUUUUUCUCCGUGUCCCGUGCGGUUGCUAAGGUUCAAUUAUUGGUUCAUGAUAAAAUUCAAACUUCAAUUUUAGAACUUUCGAUAUAUUUUAGUUUUAAAUAUUACAUAUUAGUAACUUGAUUGGUAUUUGUUUUUAUUCCACAUUUACACUGUGCAUUAGCAUUAUUGCAGUGUAACAGUUGUGUAGUAUACACUACAUUAUUAUAUUUUCUACAAAAUGAUACAACACAUUUUUACUAUACAUUAGGUGUAUUCAUAUUUUUAUUUUAUAAUAUGAUAUAAAUUAUUAAGUACGUAUCUAAAAUGACUCCAUUUACACGUGUACAGGUUGAAAAAUGUGUGAACUGUUCAGCCUAUUAUCCUGCUAAAUCAGACCAUCAAUGUUUGCCAGUGACUGUUACUGUUGUCGCGCCUAAAAAAUUUAGGAAAAUUUUACCGGCAGUGAGCAUUGAAAAUAAAGUAUCGCUGUUAUCAAGUGAUGAUGAUGUUGGAGAUAAAGUAAAAAAUAGGGAAAUUGAGUUUGAUUUAACUUCUAGCUUAAUAAGCGCUAUUAAGGUCCGUCCUCCAUUGUUUGAUCAUAGAAUGAUCUUAACAGAAAGAUCUGAAGCUAUUAAAAACAUACUAUGGAAUGAAGUUUAUGCUGAACUAAAUGGUCUGAUUACCAUUGAUGAAUUAAAAAAGAAAUGGAAGUACCUAAAAGAAAAAUAUGUACGUGAAAGACAAAAACCAAAAAAAAGUGAAAAUACUAGAAAAGGUAGAAGAACAAAGUGGUUGCAUUACAGUCAUCUGUCGUUCCUGGAAGAAGUUAUAACAUGUCCUGACAAAAAGACUACUAGUAUUUUAAAUUCAAGUUUAAACAACACUUAUUCUGAAGACUUUUCUCAAAGUAUAGCUAUCGCUAGGGAGCAAAAAAGAAAAGAAAAAAAUAAUCACAACUCCCGACGACACUUGCUAAAUGAGCAUAAAAUGCCAAGCCCUGUAUUAUCAGCAGAACUAAACGAGGACCAACGUGAUUUUGAUGCUGCUUUUGGAAACUACUUAAUGGCAUUGAUGAAAGACUUGCCUAUAAAAAAGCGAAAAAUGUUACAAAGUCAGUUUAUAGCAUCUGUUGUAACUGCUGCUCAGGAUUCAGAGUGAUGUGCUAUAACUAGCAUUUAUAUAAUAUAAUAUGGACAGACUCAUAAACAUAUAAAUUAUUUGUAUUUGUGGGAAUGUUUUUUAAAAUUUUUUAUGAAUAUUAAUAAAUGAGAUUAACAAAUGUUUUUUAUUAUUUAUUAUUAAUCCUCGGCAGCAGUUAGUAGCAUAAGUCAUUGGGAUUAUCAAAAAAAUAUACUUACAUUACAUACGCUUACAUAAAGCGACUAUUAAGCUUA